CUUCACUCUAUGAGAUUAGUCCCAAACGAAAAUGAGUUCACAUUGCUACGUGUCAUGAUUUUAUUGGCUGUUGUAGUGUUAUAAAAGAAAGAGAAAUGAAUCAUUGAUAGAAAAGCUUCCUCCCUCCGAUCACGGCCAGAGAGAGAGAGUGAGAAUGGAUCAGAUCUUGAACAAGGUGGGAUCAUACUGGCUAGGUCAGAAGGCGAACAAGCAGCUCGAUUCCGUCGGCGACGAUAUCAACUCUCUGUCUAACAGCAUCCAAGGAAGAACAAAAUGGUUGGUGAACAAAAUCAAAGGGAAAAUGCAGAAACCAUUACCCGAGUUACUCCAGGAGUUUGGUUUGCCUGUUGGGAUCUUUCCACGCGAUGCAACCAACUACGAGUUCAAUGAACAGACAAAGAAACUCACCGUCUUCAUCCCAUCGAUCUGCGAAGUUGGCUACAAAGACUCAUCAGUUCUGAGGUUCACCACAACGGUUACAGGGUUUCUCGAGAAAGGAAAGCUCGCUGAUGUUGAAGGGAUGAAAACAAAGGUAAUGAUAUGGGUGAAAGUCACAAGUAUCUCGGUAGACUCGUCAAAGAUCCAUUUCAACGCAGGGGUGAAGAAAAGCAGAAGACGUGAUGCUUAUGAGGUUUUGAGAGAUGGCGUUGAGAUUGAUAAGUUCUAGCUCUGUUUUUGCAGAAGCCAAUUCUUUUAUCCUCUUAUCUUUUAUGCCCUAUGUUUCAUUCAAUCUUUUCAUGUUACAAGUUUUUUAAAUUUCUUUGUAGAUGCAAUCAACUUUGGUGUUCAUGAAUCUGAUGAAUUAAAUUGGUUUUAUUAUGCAUGGACACUUUUAUCCGAA